AGGGAUUGGUAUGGAUAAGGUAAUGUGUUGCUUUUUUUCUCACUUGCUCCCUCUCUAAACUUUGCAGCAGUACUCUAAGCUCUUGUCAGCCCAUAGCUGGACCUUGAUGUCUGCAUUAGGGAUCAAUGUGCAGCCAAGUCACUGAUGAUGUGUGACACGUUGACUGGUUGGAAAGAUUGCUGGCCCACCACUGCAGUCAGCGUGCUGGACUUAGUCACGUUACCUCGGGGAGGGGAGGGACAAACGGCACAGGCUGCACAAGGGGCACCCUCAUUCAGGCUGUGAUGUGAGUGAUGCACGGUUGACUCUUAACUUUCGGAGGGAGGAGUGGUUGGACGGUGGCCCUGACUGGUUCAAGAAUGCCUGAACACUUCUGCCUGGCUGGAUUUAGCUAUGGAAAGAAAGCAGUAAUGGGAUUGUCUCUGAGGGGGUAGAAGAAGCUGGCUGAACACGCAAAAACUAAUUGAACUCCUUCCUGAUACAGUGGGCAACACAGCUGACCGAGGAUGCAUUUUCUGCCCUCCUGUUAACAUGUCAUGGAGAAUUAUUCCACCUCUCUGCUCAGAUACUGGCUGCUUGUUUACUUUUUGUUGGAAGGUAAGAGUUGUUUAUAUGUGUGGAUUUGUUCACUGUAUUGUUGUUUUUCCCAUAGCUUGAGUUGGGAUGCAUGGUUUUGUUUUUACAAACAAGCAGUUUUGACUGCUUGUAAUGUACAGUGUGACAGUAUCCCUGUUAAACACACAAAUUCAGUCAGCUAUUAGUUCAGUUUUGAGAGGGGCCUUUUUAAAACAUAAAAUGUCAGUGCUGUGGUAUCAUUUUCUCUUUAAUUAUCAGUCUCAAUAUUUUUUAAAAUAUAUGCAGGCUGUUUUUUGAACAUCCAAAUUAUAUUGAAGUGAAUACAAACAGGUUGAUGACAUUGUUAAAAAGUCUUGAGUUGACUAUCUUUUUUUAUUUCUCUGAAGUUUUCCUCCCCAAUUUUAAGUUAUCUUUGUGCACAUGGACUCAUCGUGUCAGCAUGCUGAAACAUUUUAGGCUGUUUGUGACUUGAUACCUUGUAGUGGUAUACUACAAUGGUCCUUGAGUCACAGUGGAGACAGACAUGCUUAUCAGCUUAAAUAGAUCGAAAACAGUUAAGUUAGGAUCACAGUUUAUAUUCCAAUGCCAAACCAAUUGCUGGCUCAUGUCAGCAAAGAGACAUGACCCUUAACUUUUAUGAUAGUUUCAUUAAGACCAUGAUUAAGAAAAGACAGCGACGGGAUAUAAGGAAGAAAUGUAACCUGUUCAACUUGGAUGACUUAAAAAACUUGUAACACUUAACUCACGACAGCAAAUGUGUAACUUAAUAUCUAACAGUCUUCAUAAAAUGACACGGCACACAGUGAGAUAAUUAUUAGGACAGACCUGCAGCAGAGCGAUCCUGACGACUUCUGAACAAGGUCAUGAAUAACUUAUGAGUGUCCAGCUACAGUUACUGCUACAAUAGGCUGUGAAUACAAAGACAUGCUAUUUACUCUCCUAGGCUCCACUAUGGCCUAGUUUUUGUUGUUAAUCACCAUUUUGAGAUAUUUUUUUCCUUUUACAACUGUCAUAAAAUUAAACUUUUUCAUCCUUUUUUUAAACAGACUUUCAUGCCUGACAAACGAACUAACUGAAAAGUGGAGCAACAAGCCAAGCCAACUUCAAAAUGUCUAAUAAGACAUUUGAUCUGUCUUCUGACCAACUUGUGUGCGCAGUUCCUCUGCCCCACAGAGAUCUACCGAUGAGCCUCUCCCCUGAGAGUCAUUACAACAGUUCAUCACUGUCGCUGUCACCCGAUUUAAACAGUUGCAAUUCCAACUUGAGUGACAGAGACACUGACGGCCCGCCUGACAUGAACAUGCUUGAGUUUUGCCUCAGCAAUGGCGCUGCUGUGGAUAACCCUUACGGCACCACCAUACCACAAACCGAUGCUUUUUGCGAUGGGAACCUGAACCAAACCUUUAUUACGACACCUCUAAAUGGCAGUGUAAAUUUCUGGAAUGAAACCUUGAGUGUAAUAAGCAGCCAUGAAAGGAGUUUAGAGAAGUACCAGACUUUUAGCAAGAACUCGCUGGAUGGAAGUGACAGUGCAGUGACAUCUCCAGACUCUGCUGGAAGGGAAAGCCAACUCGUUUCAUGCGAGACCUCCCGUAGAGGAUCUACUGAGAACGACUGCUGCUCCCUUAGUUCAGGGGAGAUGGUGAUAAGGAGCAACAGUUUUUGUUUGGAGGACCAAUCAUCUUUGACAGUCUCUUCCCUGGGGGGGUCGUCAAUCUCUCAAGUUGCUGGUUGUUCAUCAUUACCUGCUGAAUCUAAUUUGCUGUCUACCAUUCUACCAGAUGUUUGUGAAAACUCCACUCAGAGGGUUUUAAAGGAGGACACAAACUACUCAUGUCUUGGCAAGACUUUUACUCAGGCAGAGUCCUCAACUGAAGAAAAUGUUAUUUUAACAUCCAACUCUUUCAUAGAGAUGCCAGAUGAGAAAGAGGGAGGGAUUUUUGUGACUUUUGUUUGUGAAAAAUCUCCCCCAGAUUGUGAAAAAGAGACUCAAUUUUCCAGAGCCGAUGCAGAGUCACCUCAGUUUACUCCAGGACCAGGCAAAGCUUUUGGGUCCACUCUGUCAGCUGUACGAGAUGUUAAUAAAGGUAUUCAAACUUCCACACCAGUACAAAGCAUGGGGAGCAGGGAACUUGAUCUUUCCCCGUUUUCAGAGUCUCCCUGCACUGGAAAAGCAGCCUCUCCUGGUCUCCAACCUGUGAAACAGAAGCAAAUCCCUGGAACUCCAAAACGACCUUUGGUUUCAGGACUGCAGUUGGCUGGCAAAGUCAAGAAAAGGGAAAUAAAGACAUUUCCCAAGUUAGACUUUAGCAAAAUAAAAUCUAAACUUGUGACAAGAAGUGUGCAACAAAUGUCAGGAACAAGCAAAGCUUCAGUGCAGCAACUUUCUCGAGUAAACAAACCUGCUGAAUCACAUAGAGGGGCCGCUCCCAGAGGUAGUCCUGCCAGGGAAAGGAGUAAAACUGCAGCCAUCUCUGCCUCUAAAUUGUCCAGUGACCCACUUAGACAAGUGAAUUUAGGGGCUCCUGAUGUGGAAGCAACGGAGAUGCAAAUCACCAGGCAUUUUACAGUGGGUGGACAGAGUGACAGUAGAGCAUCACCACCUUGCCACCUCUUGUCUGCAAAAACACAUGCUGUUGCAGUCAAAUGCAGUAAUGCCUGCUCUAAAACCGAACAUGCAGCUUCAAGCCAAUUGGCAGACACGGCACCAGAGCAUGCUGGCAACAAGACUUUUUGCCUCUACUUGGAGAAAUCCCCAGAUACAAGUGACAAACCAAUUCCCCAACCAACUCCAAAGAAAGACAUCUCAAAGAAAAUUGAGGUCAAGUCAAGCUCAGCAUUGGGUCAGCACAAUCCUCCUGCCCUUAAGUCGAGGCCUCGUUGCUCAUCAGAAAGUUCAUCUUCAGCUUCUUUUCUAACUAAGGAACAAAGGACAGCUCUUAGAUUCUCAACCAGUUUAACCAGUACCAAAGCUGACAACCACCUGGGCAAAACUAAACCAGAGACCCCAAACUCUUCCCAGAAUAAACAAGCAGCACAGGCUGGGUCCACAAACAGACAUGCUGAAUACUCCAAAAGAGAAGUUAAGAUGAUCAACCUAGUGGUGAGUAUUGACCAACUAUGUAAGCAGCAUCAAUUCAUUGAUCAUUUUCAAGUAAAAUACAUAUUCCUACAUUUUCACCAUCAGCCACAAAUGUUGUAUCCUUUAAAAUAUUUCAAAGGAAAGAGCAGCAAAACUGUUUUAGAGUAGGACACGAAGAUUAGAUUUUUAGCAACUUGAGACCCAAAGGACAAUAUUUUUUUCUUUGAUGUUUUGAACAUUUCUGGACUUUUGGGUGAGAAUUCACUGUCUUUACAGGUCGAGCCCUGCAAAUCCACAGGAGUCUCACUGAAUGACAAUAAGAACAGAUUUCGAGCAUGGCCUUCUCUUGGACAAACCAGAGGAGCUUCAAGUCCAAGACCUGCCUCACCUUCAACAAGACAAAGGCAGAGAACUCUGGGUAGGGAUGAAUGCCAGACCUCCAAGGGUGUAGAGUCUGCACAAGUCAAGCAGAAGAGCAGCACAGGUAAGAGUACACAUCACACUGCCCUGUGAUGAUAACAAAGGAGUUUGGAGUAAAGUUUGAAAUUGUCCUCUUAUUGUUUGGGUGGUAAAAAGCUGUUCAUAUAUUAAAGGCAGCACUGCAAGAUAGUGCUUCAUUUCUUUGAAUGACAAACUUUUUAAACUAAAUCAAGAGGCUAUAUUCUGUUUUUAAGAGCAAUUAAAAUUACAAAUACAAAUGAUAACUAACAUUACACUGCCCUGCUAAUUACUAAAUUCUGAAUGGUUAUCUUCAGUUUUCAAAGGUGCACUGGGUCAUAUCAAUGACAGAUCUAGAAGACCAUUCAUAACAAGAUGCAUGGCAGCUCCUGUAUGGAGACUGAAGAGGGAUUGAACAGGAGAGAAAGAAAUUUUAAAAAUGAUUUCAAAAGGUGAAAAAGCUGUACAACAAAUAAAUUGAAUACAGUGUGAACUAAAGCAGCAUUUAAAUAUUAGUUACAGAUAUAAAAUAUAUAUAUAUAUAUAUAUAUAUAUACACUCACCGGCCACUUUAUUAGGUACACCUGUCCAACUGCUCGUUAACACUUAAUUUCUAAUCAGCCAAUCACAUGGCGGCAACUUGGUGCAUUUAGGCAUGUAGACAUGGUCAAGACAAUCUCCUGCAGUUCAAACCGAGCAUCAGUAUGGGGAAGAAAGGUGCUUUGAGUGACUUUGAACGUGGCAUGGUUGUUGGUGCCAGAAGGGCUGGUCUGAGUAUUUCAGAAACUGCUGAGCUACUGGGAUUUUCACGCACAACCAUCUCUAGGGUUUACAGAGAAUGGUCGGAAAAAGAAAAAUAUCCAGUGAGCGGCAGUUCUGUAGGCGGAAAUGCCUUGUUGAUGCCAGAGGUCAGAGGAGAAUGGCCAGACUGGUUCGAGCUGAUAGAAAGGCAACAGUGACUCAAAUAACCACCCGUUACAACCAAGGUAGGCAGAAGAGCAUCUCUGAACGCACAGUACGUCGAACUUUGAGGCAGAUGGGCUACAGCAGCAGAAGACCACGCCGGGUGCCACUCCUUUCAGCUAAGAACAGGAAACUGAGGCUACAAUUUGCACAAGCUCAUCGAAAUUGGACAAUAGAAGAUUGGAAAAACGUUGCCUGGUCUGAUGAGUCUCGAUUUCUGCUGCAACAUUCGGAUGGUAGGGUCAGAAUUUGGCGUCAACAACAUGAAAGCAUGGAUCCAUCCUGCCUUGUAUCAACGGUUCAGGCUGGUGGUGGUGGUGUCAUGGUGUGGGGAAUAUUUUCUUGGCACUCUUUGGGCCCCUUGGUACCAAUUGAGCAUCGUUGCAACGCCACAGCCUACCUGAGUAUUGUUGCUGACCAUGUCCAUCCCUUUAUGACCACAAUGUACCCAACUUCUGAUGGCUACUUUCAGCAGGAUAAUGCGCCAUGUCAUAAAGCUGGAAUCAUCUCAGACUGGUUUCUUGAACAUGACAAUGAGUUCACUGUACUCAAAUGGCCUCCACAGUCACCAGAUCUCAAUCCAAUAGAGCAUCUUUGGGAUGUGGUGGAACGGGAGAUUCGCAUCAUGGAUGUGCAGCCGACAAAUCUGCGGCAACUGUGUGAUGCCAUCAUGUCAAUAUGGACCAAGCUCUCUGAGGAAUGCUUCCAGCACCUUGUUGAAUCUAUGCCACGAAGAAUUGAGGCAGUUCUGAAGGCAAAAGGGGGUCCAACCCGUUACUAGCAUGGUGUACCUAAUAAAGUGGCCGGUGAGUGUAUAUAUAUAUAUUCAAGAGAAUUGCAGUUAAAUUUUUGUUUUAACGGUUGACUUAUUUUAAGAAAGGUACUAAGUUCGGGUCUUGUGUAUCCAGAUCCUAACCAUGGACAGUUUUUUAAAGCAGAGGUAUUACGGUUGUUUUCCAAACAUUUUCCCUUUCUCACUUUGAAUCGCUCUGCUGUGUGCAUUGACAGACCUCUUUAAUCUCAGGGUGUAGUAAAGCUGUCUUUCCUUUAGAGGGUGACAUUUAGCAGAUCCUCUAAUAGACCACCUCCCUCCCUCCUUCCUGAUGCGCUCAGGCAUGUUAUACAGGAAUACCUCACAUGUAACCUCCAGUUUCUCAUCCUGAGGACUUACAGCCACCACCCUCCUUCCCAUUGCCCCAGAGAAGUCCUGAGACUCUUCCUCUGAUAGGAAGCCAUCUGCACAAGUGGAAAAAGCAGAGGAAGGAAAGGGAGGUUUUGAGCUCACCACUUGUGUUGAAGUAAAAAGAGAAAAAACGAGUCUGACAUAAGAGAGCUGAGAGUGCAGUAAAAGUAGACACCUUGUUGCUCUUUGGCUGAAGGGACACUAUGGGGAUGCAUUAUUCUGCAUUAGCAGCACCAUUUUCAGUUGGUUUGUAGUUUAUCCAUCCUGGCAUGUUUGCUGUUGUGAGUAUGAUGGGUAAGUUUUGGUAUCAGAUGUAACAGUUAGGAAGUACAAAGAUGUCUGAAUUUUAAACCCUAAAAAGGUAGUGUUUCCAGGCCUUUGAUUGUGCUUUUUUAAAUAUAUUUUUGUUUUUUUUCUGUUGUAUACAUCAAUUACAAGGUACAAUGUUACUCAGUUUUAAAUUUUACAGACAAACAAGAAAAUAUUGUAAAAUGUCAACUGCUAGAAUACAAUCUAAUAUUGAAAUAUCUUAGAAUUAAGGCAACAGGAAGGACUCAUGAAUAAGAAGACAUGAUUCAUAAAAAAAAAAACAGAUGAAAAAACAAAAAACACAAACAGAAACAACAUUUUCACAUAUAUGUGUCCAACUUGCCCUAUAUGAAACAUAUUAUGUUUCUAUAUUAGUCCUCACAAGAAGGAAUAAAAUUAACAGGGGACUAGAAUGAUCUGGGUUUCAGACAGGAGAAAUCCAUGCGUGUGUAUGAUUAGCAGCUGAAAUGCAGCAUCUGUCACACAAUUCACUAGUCUUAAACAAUGAAUUGAGCUUUGGAGAAGUGAGUCCUGUGUAAAGCCUUAAACUGGAUCAGGUGGUUGAUGGGGAAAGAUGCGUAAAUUUUGAUGAGCAAAGUUGCGAACUUGAAAAUGUCUGAAUAAAUGCAAUUGCAAGAGGCCAAAUUUAGUUUUAAGCAAGCCAAAGGAGGCAAAAACUUUAUUAAAAAGUUGUCUGAAAUAUAGCAGACCUUUUAUCCUUCCACUGAGAAAAAAACGGAUCAGCUGUAAAAGGCAGGAACAAAUAUUUGCUACAUAUGGGCAUUAGAGGGGAGAUGGAGGCAAUAUUAAAAUGGCGCCUGAACUGCUUCCUAAUCUUUAUCGUGGAUGAGAUUAUUGGGUUAGAAAUGUAAUUGGUAGGAUUUAUUUUCAGUGGGGCACAUAUCAAAGUUGACAAGGAGAGAACUGCAAGAGCUAGCUUCCAUCUGGCACCAGUCUGUAUUGGGGGAGUUGUACCAAGGGGGGAUUUUUUUAAUAUUAGCUGACCAAUAGGCCAAAAAAUUGGGAGGCCCCCAUCUUGUUUAACUCUUUGCAAGAUAGAAUAUUUUGCCCUUGGUGUCUUUUCUGCCCAAAUAAAAUAUGAGCUCUUCCUAUCAAGUUUAAAAUAAAAAAAACGAUUUUGGGAGAAAUGUUAGUAAAUUUUGAAAAAGGAAUAAGAAUCUUGGCAACACAUUCAUUUUAAUUGUAUUGAUUCCUCCAAUAAGAGAUGGAUAUUCCACCGUUUGAGGUCAGAAUUGAUUUCCUUAACUAAUUUUACAAUGUUGUCAUUAUAAAGUGAUGUAAAACUAUAUGAGCUUCUAAUACCUAAAUAGCGAUAGCUAGAGGAGGCUAGGUGAAUACGUAAUAUUUGAACUGGGGUUUAUUUUGCAGCAUGAUUGAGAAGAAAGCAUUCACUUUUACAAAUGUUCAGUUUAAACCCUGAAAAAGAACCAAAGUUUGCAAUAUCUCAAGAGCCUUAUUAAUGCAGACAGUAAGGUUUGAUGUGUAUAGCAAAAGGUCAUCAGCUAAGAGUGAGACCCUGUGCUCAGUCCCAUUUCUGCAAAUACCUGUGAAUAAAGGUGAAUUCCAAAGGGCAGAGGACAAUGGUUUAACUGUAACAGCAAACUACAAUGGUGACAGGGGAUAGCCAUUGGCAACAGCCUCGAGAUAAAGGGAAAAAAUUCGAGUGGAGUGGAGUUAAUUGGCGGUGGGGGUAUUAUACAACAAUUUAAUUCGUGAUAUAUAUUUUAGACCAAGGCCAAAUCUUUGAGGACAGUUUUCUGCAUCCAUUGAGAUCACCAUUUCAGCCUCCUGUGUGUCAAACUUAGAAUUACAUUGACCAGUCUUCGUAUAUUUGAUAACAACUGCCUGCCCCUUAUGAAGCCGGUUCGGUCAUUAGACAGUAUGCUUGCCAGACAGGGGUCCAAACGGCUGGAUAAGAUCUUAGCUAGCAAUUUUACAUCAGAAUUGAGCAUGCUAAUGUUUCUCCAGCUGCUACACUCUUGUAAAUUCUGAUUCGGUUUCGGGAUAAGGGAGAGAAGGCGCGGCGCUGGCGCAGUUCAGCCAUGAAAAAAAAAAAUACUAAGGUGUGGAUUGACUACAAGAGUUCUAUUCACCGUAGUCAAGGCUACUCUUGCGAUUGACUGAGAAGUCCGCCAUCUACCAGUCGAUCGUGAUCUAUCGGUUGGGCACCCCUGGUCUACAGUGAGGCUUGAAUCUGAUCUAAAACGGCGUCCAGAGAAAGGAGAAAGGAUGAGUUCAGUUGUUACACUUUUAUGGAGCUUUUCCAGCUCGCCGAUCAGUAUUUAAAGAGUUAGCGACUGUGCGCUAGUUUCUGCUGCUACUGUUGCUACGGGAGACGUCUUGCUAGCAGCUUUCUCCUGCGGGCUAAAGUCUAUAGUGCUGACUUAGUUGGGGUUAAUUUUAACUGCGGCUGCUGUAAAAUUUGCUCAUAUUGGCUUCCGUGAAAAUUCGUUGGUGCUUAUUUGGUGAAAACUGUUCAUAAAAUCUGGGUGCAGGUUGGAAAAAAUAGCGAAGUAUCAGGGUGCAAAUUGCACGUGUCCAAACUAUCAGUUGCCAUUGAUUGUACUUUCUGUUCCUUCUUACUCAUUAUCUUUUGUUUCAGUGUAAAACUUCUCAAAAUACCCCACUAAAAGGCUUUAUAUAUGUCUAUAGUUGUGAAAAAAUGAGACUAUUUUAUUAGUCUUGAUUCUGCCUGUCUGAUAGAUUUAUAUCAGUUAAGAUUUUUGUGAUCCUCCACUUUUAAUUUUUCUCCAUUGCCUCCUAGGGAGUCAGAUGCUACAGACAACAGGAGGGUCACUCCUUGGGACUGCCUCAUCUGCGAGUAAUAAGCAACAACUGAAUGGAUGCCAAACUCCUCAGACUCCCACUCGCUCCUCUCUUAUGGGUCCACCGCUUACUCCUGCUUCUAGACUACCACGCAAGACCCUGGUGCCAUCCAAGAGCUUUGCUGAGGCCCGUGUCCGCACUGAACCAAUUGAGGGUGCAGAGAGUACACAAGGUGAGUCCAAAAGGAUUGAACUGUGUUUUUAGAAAUAUGUAGCUUUGGGUCUUUAUUGGACUGUUAUAUGAGGGUUUCAUUUCGUUUUGUUUAUUUGGAUCUCCAUUAGCUUUGGUUAAGGCCAUCGCUAUUCUUCCUGGAGUCUUCAUUUAUAAUUAGCUCUCCAUCACAGUGCACAGUCACAAAGAACACGCCACAAACACAAAGACAAUGUCGAUAACCACAACAACUCACAACAGCCUACAAGACAAUAACAAAACAACAAAACUAGAACAAUACAAACAACAUACACGUAUUACUUGACCUUAUAUAUUUCCACAGAGUAGCUAUAGUUCUGAAAUGGUCAGAUGUUCAAAUAUCAACUUACAUUCCACAUAAUUGAAUUAGUUUACAGAAACAUUACCCAACACAUAAGCAGACUUCCAAUAUUUUAAGUAGAUCAGACAAACACUGAUUGAUUUUACCAAGCUUCUUCUAAAUAAGGAGCUGAUUGACCAGUAAAUGUUCUUUAACUAGAUCUUUAAAUCUGUAUUUGUUAUGUUCUUGGCAGAACAUUCCAUAUCACCAUGGCCCUAAACAUUACCGUACUUUUCUCUUUGUUUGUUUUUACUUUGGGUAAGGGAAAUUUACCCUCCGUAGCAUUUCUUGUUCUGUAACAGUGUUCAUCCAAACUGAAAGACAAACGAUCGUGAAGAACCUUUGGCAAUUUUUUCACAGAUAAUCUUUUCACGAAAGCUGCCAGUGAGGCAUAAAGGGUGUAAAGGUAGUUUGGUGCAGACAGCUUCUGGGGUCAGGUCAGGGUCAGGUUGAUGCCUGUACUUUUAAGGACACAUCUGGACAUGGGAGGGGAAGCGCUUCAGUUUCCAAUGGUGACCUACUUCAGGAUGGGGUCGAGCUGUUAAUCUUCUCGGGGAAAAAUCUUUGUCUGAUGAAACACCUCCACAUCUGCCAAGGUCCAGGGAAUUUGGCACCUUGAGAACAACAAUGUGAUAUUUUUCCUAACAGGUUUUUUUAUGCAAUACAAUGGAUCAGAUCAUAUUUCCAAGCUUUCAAAAAAUCUCUUUUUUUUAAAUGAGAGUAGUCGAGUAUUUGGGCAGCAGCAUUAGCCUGUUAUGAUUCUAAUGGAAGCUGGAGGUCCUUUUUGCUGUUGCAUCGAGAACAUAAAAUCAGUCUCUCAUCCACUCAACAUCUUCAACAGCCUGCUGGUCAGUGAUUGGCUCAGAGGACCUAUUUUUUCAAUCUGGGGACCCCCCUCAUGUGGUUGUUAUGGCAACAGAUUCUAUUCCACUCCAGUUCACACACGGUGUUGCCUGGAGGAAAAUGAGCAGACAGACAUCGCAGUUGAUGGUGUCUGAGGGGCAGAAAAGCAGCGAUUUGUUUUCCUUUGUACAAUCAAAGACCAAUGGCUGGUUACACGGGACUUCGAAGCUGCACCUGGACUGAAUUUCCGUCUCAUAUUUCCAACAACUCCUCUUUAUUAGCGCAGGGAGGUACAGCAUCCAGCUGUGAUCUCACCCUCUUGACAUGUCUGCUCAUUGGAUCGUAUCGCUUUUGUAUCAUCCCUUUGAUUGCUGUAUUUAAUGGAAAACACAGGAAGCUUUGGAGAAGUAAGUGAGACAGGAAUAAAUUAAGGAUUUGCAUGUAGCAUUUUGAUCAUUCAAAGAUUAUUUUUGCUUAUUAGGAAUUAACAUACUUGGUCGUUACAUGUUUAUAGUUUAUGCAUUUGUUCAUGCAGUUGUUACAUGUUGCUCUGUUGUUCUGUUGUGGUAAGGGUUUUUUUUUCUCUCUCCCUCUUUGUGAUUUUAUUUCAAUGUCAUGAGAAAUACACUACAGUUGUGUUGACAAUAUUGCACCUGGGUUGUGUUAUUGUACCAAAAUGGUCUGUUUAUUUCCUCAAUAAAGUUUGGCAGGAAUUUCUCAUAAAACACCAGUAAUGACUUACGACACAGAAGCAGUUUUAGCUUUAAAGCAGCAAUGAACUGUUAGAACUCAAGUAUUUGAAUGCCUUAGAAAUAACCAGAAAUUCUCCACUUGUUCAACAGUUUCCGGGGGAGCUGCAGCUAAACAAACACCAUUUAAAUCUACAGUGCUGAAGGCACGACUCAUCACAGGCCCUAAGAAAACUACACAGUCAGGUCAGUUCACGUUUCAACACUCAUGCUUAUUUUUUUUAGAUAUUUGAUGUUUUCUUUAUUUUAUUUUGCUGUACACAAUUGUCUCUGAUUUUCCUGUUUGGUUGAAGCCAGGGAGCAUUUGAUCAGAAUUAGGUCCCUAUGUAAACUUUAUUCGAAGUGCCAGAGAGACCACAUUGAUGUUCACCUCUUUCAUUAAAUUCUCACACGAUGAUAAGGAAGUCCCUCUCUUAUUCUACCUUUGGUGAAAGUAAAGAGAUGCCCUGAAACACUCACCUAUAAACAAAAGCUUGUGUAACUUCCUAAUCUCAUUUAUAUUGUAUGGUAACCACAAAUGAUAAGAGCUCUUUGGUCUUGAUUAAGUUAAGUCACUCAUACAUCUGGGUUUGAGGUUAGAGGUGUGCUUAAUCAAACUAUGUGACCUGGAUACAACAUAAAAGCCUUCUGUGGUCGUGUUCAGUUAGUCAUCUUUUGUUUCUGCUAUAAUAUGGGUCAGAUUAACUCUUGCCUCGUGUCUCACAUUGAUCUCUUGACUUUUACAGCUUUGGCCACAGCAUGCAAACCUGCGACUCCUACAGUCAAAGAAGCUCAAAACUCCACAGUCAGCUCCCUUAAGAGGACUUCAUCUGCAAGACUCCGUCUAACUACAAGUGGACCUGGUAAGUCUUCCUUCUCAGUCUUUCACACAGUUGAGCUGUAUCCAUUCAGUGAUUCGGUGAAGAGCAUUUUCCUGUGCAGUCUUUUCCUUGGUAGAUGUUGAAGGAUUACUGUGAAUAAAUUUACUGUAAUGACCUCCAAAUUCAGACGAUUCUGUUGAUAGACUGUUUUCUUGAAUGUGUUGAUGCUCUGACUACAUCGAGGAUCUUGUGGUUCUGGAGUAAACCACAUUUUUUUAAAGCAGUUUUUUUUACCCAUAUACAAACAGUGCUUAAAUUGAUAAACCAGUGUGUGAUCUGCACUGCCUUCACACCUCUUUGUAGGUGAUCAGAGAGAGAAAUUUCAGCUGUUAUGUCUCUCCGUACAUGUGUUGAUUGCGGUGUGAUGUUGCAGGUUAAAUAUGAACCUUUUGAGGCUGUUGUUUUGAGCAUUUUGUUGCUGCAGCUAUUGAUUUGCGCAGAUGCUUUUGAAAAAAUGUUUUUUCUUUACUAGGAUGCAGGCUUGAAUUAAGGAAAUGUUGUUAGAAAACAUGACCCUGAAAGGAGUAACUUUGUGUCCAAAGAAGCUUUCUGGACAUUGCUGUGUCUUACAGGGGUGUAAAGGUACAGGUACCAGACCAUUUUCAUAGAAGACUUUUGGUACAGUGGAGUUAAUUAUCAACGUUCCCACAAAAGAACCUGAAGAUCCCCUGCUUUCCCUAAGGUCUCUUGUUUGAAAACACUUUUGUUUCCUCGUGAAUAAAAACCACGGACACAAAAUGUUGGACAGACAUAAAGUAGAGCGCCCACAUUGUUCAGUAGCAAUUACAAAUAAAAAUAUUUGUGAAUAUCACUGCAGAAAAGACACAGGAGUGCAGCUAGAGAUCUCUUUGGUUAUUUGUUCAGCCUUUUUUCUCCAUUUGCUUAUAAUUUUUCAACAACAAAAAUGUCAUUUUUGUUUUUAUUGCACUGGAUCUGUUCUAUAGUUGUUAUAUCUGCGUUUAUUAAUAAAUUCCAGCUCUUAGUGAGCAAGCAGAGGCUUCUGUUGUGCAUGACUUGUGUAGUCUAGAUUUGUCUGAGUUCUGAAAUCCACAUAAUUUCACAUCAUUGCUGAAGACACAUUUUUAUGAUGAUCCUGUGCCAGCGCAGCUCUUUACAGCUCAUCAGACAAAAAGAAGCACGCCAUGGCUAAUCUCUCAUCUCAUGCCAUCUUUCUGCUGGUGACACAGGCAGAGAGUCGGUAAGAGGAAGAGUAGGGGGUAGAUUCAAGUCUUAUUGGCUGCUGUGCUGCCGUUAGCUCCACCCUCUCCCUUCUGUCCCACCCCACCCCCCCGCCACCUUCCCAGCAUCCUGGCUCUGCCACAGCACCGCCAUCAUCAAGCCUGGAGAUGCAGCUUUUCUCUGCUGAGAGAGAGAUUUGUGUGUUUUGUGAAUAGCUGGAGCCUGGCUUUACCAAGAGGAUUAAGGGAUUUUUACUUUUUUUUCCCAGCCCCUGUCACAUCUAUCAGGCUGAGCCACUAUCCAUUGGCCAGCCUUCAGUGCUCUCUGCAUCUUCCAGCCCUCACAGCUUGGAAUUGGAGUUUAAGUGGGAGACCUGCCAUGCUGAACUGGGUGCUGUCACUUUUUCCAAAGCUGUCUCUCUGGUGUAACUCUGACUAUUGUUUUUUGCUGAUUUAUUUUUCGCUGCCUGUCAGUGCUUCAGCAACCUGAGAUAUGAUACACUGAGAGGUACCAUGGCAUCUGGAUCAUAGGCAGCGUCAGACUUCUGUAUACAAACACUUUUUUGAAGUUGUUGUCCACCUACAACAGCGGCUGUCUUGCUUUUAGUUUGAGAAAUGUUAUGGUCUCCGAAGCUUUCCCUGACCAACAUUCACGUGCGUCUGACAGCCAAAGGUUUACUCCGAAACAUUCAGCUGCUGUCAGGAUGCAGGAAGAACACGGUGGUUUUCCGAGCAGGUCGGUCACUUGCUACAAAGAUACAAAUGUUUGCUGAUAUUUUUGUGUAAUGUAGUGGUGUUAUAUAAUAUUAAUGCCAAACCUGUUGGUGUUUCCCCUCACGCCAAGAUCUGUGCAGUUCGCCGUCUCCAAAAUCUAUUUUUAGCAAGGCUAUUUGCUCGCUGCAAAACAGGAGGUUCGUCUUUCAUUUACCUACCUUGGCCUCCAUAACAUGUCAUCCUGUGUAGAAGUAUUUUAGGAGACGAUUUUUGGAACUAAGGAACAUUUUAUAUUAAAAAAAAAAAAAAAAUCCCGAUCUACUCUGAAGCUGUUUUCUUAGUGUAGGAUGCUCUUAUUGCCGUGCAUCAAAAUGCGUUUUUGUCUUUCUGGUCUGAAACCAUGCUCUGAGCUGUGCUCCUGUUUCACUCUGAGGUGUUCCAGGGUUAUUUUGGUUCUUGGUCUCUGGGUUCAACUGCAGGGUCCACGUUGUAGUUGUUGAAACGGAUUGUAAGAAUACACUAGCUCCCUUUGGUGGCCAUUUUUAAGUACUCUUGUCCUAUUUUAAGGAAAAUUGGUCUCUUUGCAUUUUGCAGAUCAAGCUUUGAGUAACUUAAUAAGAUGUUUUUCUCACUGAAAAAAAAAUAGGAUUUAUUUGACCCCAUUUUUAAGACAAGUGACCAUUGAAUGUCAGACUGAGAUUUUUUUGUCUAGUAUUGUGUCAUCCAAACCCUAAAACAAGUGUGUGAUUGUGAGGGGUCUCACUAUCCAUCAGGCUUUGUGCUAUAGAGCUAUCUCCUUCCAGAGCAGAGCACUACGCUGUAGUAGCUCACUAGGUCAUUCAGUAUAUCAUGAAGAAAAUGUCCUUUUAGCAUCACAGGAGGCGUGAAGCACAGAGAGCAACAUGUGUCAUAAGUCCUCUGUCGGGAUACUUUGAUAAAAACAGCUGCAGGUCCUCAGUACACACAGUCGAGUGCAGAGAGUAAAAGUUUCUGUAAAGUCGAUAAAAUGUAAAAGAAAGCCACAUAUAGGUGCAGCUAGUAAAAGCAUUCUCUGAUUUUCUUCAUCAGUCUGGAAGAAAUUCUGUAUUUGUCCUUUUCCACGUGAGAACCUUGACCUCUCUUUUGACUUUUGUGAUUUUUUUUAAAAGCACGGAGAAAUAAAUGUUUUAAUCCCAGCAAAAAUCUGUUGCAGAAUGUCCAUCUUUGGUCACAGAAAUAAAUAAUAAUGGCCGAGGGAGAGGAUAAGAUUUUAAAGAAUAAUCUUUCCAUCUGUACAAGAUUCAAAUAUUUCUGUAACAUCAGUGAAAAUGUCUAUGAUCCUACUGUAUGUUCUUUAUAGGAAGCCCAGUAAGAACCACUAAGCAAUAUCUUCAUUUUGCUUCAGUUCUAGGGAAUAAUGGUGUCUCUUUGUGCUCUUUGAACAGCCAGCAGAGGGCAUCCUAAUUUAAAGGAAACAUUUUCAUAUUUGACAAACUGCUACAUCAUCCCAAAAAACUCUAAGAUGAGCUGCACAGGGUAACUCUUUGUUUUGGUCUGUAUCUUAAGACCCUCCAUUUUGAUGGUUUUUGCUCUAGUAAAUCAAAAUGGAGAAGAAAAACAAAGGAAUCUGAAAAUAUUUGUAUUUCUGAAGUAUGAGCACCUCAAAUCAAAGUAUUGCUGUUGUAUAAAAGCUACAACAUUCUUCCAUAUUCUUCAAAGGCAUAGUAAGGAGUCUGUCUUGUUCCAUCUAACAAACCAACCAUUCAGGUGUGUCAUUAUAUCAAUACUUUGUUUAUCUUUCAGGCGCUGCCUUGCUAAUAUGUUUACUCUAGCUGUGUAACUCAGAGAUGCAUCUGAGAAACUAGUUUUGAGGAGUACUGCACUCCAGGAUACAGAAUUUUAUAAACUCAAGUCAGUUUGUGGUCUGAAUCCUGCAAAAAUAUUUGUAUUGGAUUGAUCCUUUUUGUUUUUUGUAACAUAACUUUUUGAUUAGUCCCACUUUCUCCUCACCAAUCUGCUCACUGUUUUAAGGAGACUAAGUAUGAACUCAGUGUUUCCUCUGUUGGCCUGGCUUGUUGGGAGAACGAUUCAUUCUCUCUGUAACAUUAUGUUGGCCCAAUCAGGCCAGAGUCCAGAAAGUCAUCAGCUCUGCUGCUCCAGGAUCAGGUGUCUACAGUAGUUAGGAAAACACUUCUUCUUGAUUAAUUACCAUUGCCUCUCUGACAACAGAGACUGCAGGGCAGAGGAGCGUGUAAACCCUUUUCUUCUCUGCACCCCUGAAAAACAAAGAACAGGGGCAUGUAUCUAACCAUAUUUUUAAACCAUUAAUAAUCAAUAAUAUUUAAAGCCAAACAUAUUUGUUAUACAAGAAAAGAAUCUCUCUCUGCAGCUGGUGUCAUCCAAAAGUGUGACCAGCAGGCAUGUGCAGAAGCAGCAGGUAGUAGUGAGUUAGAGAUGUGUUCGGUAGAGCAGCAAGUCAAUACAAUGUGAAACAAGUAAACCCUUAAAUGACACAGCAGGAUGCGGGGGAAACAUCUAUGUUCAGAAAAAGUCUCAGGUUAAAUUUUUAAAGGUUUCUUAUCAGUGAGACAGUAUGUAGUCGUUGGCUCUCUUACUGGAGCAUUUGAGUGUUGAAAACAUAACCAAGGUAAUUCAAAUAACAGACAGUAAUACUUCAAAUUGACAAUGAGUCGUCCUACUUUACCAUAUGAUAGUACUGGUCCCAAUAAAUACCUUUGUGAUGGUGUAUAUAAUGUGUGUUCCCCCCCUCCCUCUACCUGCUGUAGUGGUGAAAGUACUUGAAUGAAUUCGAUACCUUUCCAAAAACAGCAAAUUCCGUCCUUCUGGCUGUUUGGUUUUGUUUUUAGUGGGACAACAGCUCUUAUUGCUUAUUAAAAUAAUAGUUGAGUGUUAGAACAGGACACUUACAAAGAUAUGUUCACAUCACAAUUUCUUUAGAGACUGAGCUCCACAAAAAGUCUGCUCCUAAAACCUCCCCUGCUGUGGGUAUUAUCUAGAGGUGUCGAGUCUUUUUUGUUUACCUCUCACUGAUGUGCAUGAGUUAUUCUUAAUGUUACAGUAUUCUCAAAUGAUACCCUGCCAGCUAAGUGCAUCUAAAUCUGGUUUUGAAUGUGCUUCAGGUUUUAAAGGGCAGGAUUAUAAAUACUUCAUGAGCCAACAGAGCUUAAAAGAUGUUUAUACUAAAGUGAAAUCAACCACAGUAGUUUGAAAGUAGAGCUAUCAACGGUUUUACAGGAUCAGAUUUACUUGCAGCUAAAUCAGUAACUGUUCUCUGCCUAUAAAUCUGAAUUGGCUGUAACUCUAAGCAGAGUGAGUAUUCUCACAGACACUUAGUGCUUCAGUGCAGUCCUCUCAAUGGUAUCUCUUGUAUUUCUCAGUGUUACACAGUACUCAUAAUUAUCUCAUUGAUAAACUGCUCUCUGAGAAAAGUUUUUGUGCAUUUGCCUAAUGUCAAAGACAGCACUGUUAUUUUCUCCCUCCUGCUCACUUGAACACUUCAGUGGUAGUGAGCCUGUCGGAUUCAAGUUCUUGUUUUGUUGCAGAAUAAACAAAGUGUCCCUGUAUUAGGUUUGAUGCUAACUUUUGUAUGGUAGUGAAGUAUUUAUAAAGCUGAUGUAAAUCAAAACUGCAGUAGCAUGACCCUGUCAAAAUCAGUUGCCUCAAGUGACCAAUGUCUGUAGAGCAGUGAUUGAGGGCUCAUUUAUAUGUCCAGGCUGUUGGAGUCGCAGCACUGGGACUCAUCAGAUGGGCUGAUUGAUCAGAGCAGAAAUAUCCAGGACUUUGACACUGGGGUCUUGUGCAUCUGUAACCCUGAUUUGGACUUAAGGGGUGGUUGGUGCGGGUGUCUGAUUAUUAUGAUGAUCAAUAUUAUCACAACACUCAACACGUAUUCUUUUACAGUGGACAAGAGCAAACCGAAGACCAGCUCCCGCCCACAUCAACCCCAGCAGCAAGCAUCCCGACCUAACCAGAACAACGGUCCUCCGGAUGUCGUACCAGAACGUGUGUCUAAGAGUGGGGCAAAAAACCAGCCCAUCGAAAAGGUCAGAGCACUCCUGGCAGAAUAUGACCGCAGAUUUGGAGCACUUGCUGUCGUCUUACAGCAAACUUUGUCAGAGGUAAGAACUCCCUUUUUUAUUUAUUUAUAGUUUAACAGGUUUUUUUUCUUUUUAGAUUUUUUUUUUUUUUUUUUUUUUUUGGCCUAAAAAAGGCAAAAAUACUACAGUAAUUAUACAUGGACUAUAAGCGUUGUCCAGUUUGUUAUGAGUAUUUGUGACAUUACCAUAUAAUAACACCAACUUCUAAAUAAAGGCAGUCCUUUUAGUCAACAGUCUUUAUCCAUCACCUUUGAGCAUUGGCAAUAUAUAUCCAAAUAAAGCUUAUAAUAAAAUAGAAAGAAGAGAAGUCAUGACAGUGUCAGUGCAUCAUAAAGAGCUUUUUAUUUCCAUGGGUUUAUAGAAAACUAAGAUGAAACAUUCAGCAUUUCCUUUAACUGAGGUUCUGAAGCAGCCAGGUAGUUGCAAAUUUGUGAUCGCCAUGGCUUUUGGUGCAGAAAUGUGUGAAAUUUUCAGAUUUGAUUGCCUGGUUUUUACAUAUACAUAUUGCAUGAUGAAAUCUUGUACUAAAAAAGGCGAACUGAAAAGCCUUUUUGGUGUGAUGGGAUCUGAAAGUACAGAAGACCUAAUACUUAUUGUAAGCAUCCAAAAACUUUCUACAGCUGUUUAAAAACCUGCAAGUCUCUCAGCUGAUGGCAUGUUCCCGUCAUAGAUUAGUUGGUUCUUCAGGUAGGCAAACAUGACCUCUUCAGCUGUUAUGGAUAUUAAUGUUUAAGUUUGUUGUUAGUUUAGAUUUGUUAAAUACAAUGCCAUGUGAUUGCCUUCAAGAACUUGGACGUCUCAAGGGAUUACUCCAUCAGCAUUAGCAGCUUAUCCUUUCUGUAACACUCCACCUUAACAUAACGAACACUCUGCAGUUUUGUCACUUGUCAAAGCCUUUAAGGUGUUCUGUAAAUAGGACCUAUUCGGAAAGUGAAGAUCUGUUUCUUUUUGGUCAACAGAGGGAAUAAUGUGGCAGGUCUUUACUUAUCACUGAUCAUCCUGAGGACUCCAUUCCUUACACAAUGAAAGUACCUGUUUGAUACUGCUGAGAUGUCUCUUUCAAGUGAUGAUCCUUCUUUUUAACUCAAUGAUUGAAAUUUCUAAAUCAAACACUUAAUCUUUUCCUGCUGAGUUAAAUCAGAAAGGUCAGGCUGAUGCUUCAAGGAGAUUUAUUAAUCUGAUCUUAUUCUCCAUUUUCAUCACUGGUAUAGGCUAAAAAUGCUUGUUUUACAUGCACCUUGACCAACAGUGUAGCGUGAGCAACAUUUAAACAACAGAGAGACAGUGAGGCAACAAUUUGGAAAUUCUCACUUCUGUAAACUCCUGUUGUCAGUAUAUGAUAGAUCAAUUAUUGUUGUUCUUUUUCAUAUCAAUCAAUGGUUGUUGAUCGUUCAUUCAUGUUACAGUUGAAUAGGGCUGGGCUAUAUGGCCUCAAAUCAAUAUCACGAUAUAUUCAGCAGGUCACCUCGAUAACGAUAAAUGGACGAUAACUACUCCACAAGCUGCUCACCCCCUCCCACAUUGAAGGGAUAUUCCGGCGUAAAAUUAAUUUAGGGUCAAACACACUGUAACACCGAGUUAGACACCCCCACUAGAGAUGAAAGUUGCCGACCGCUUGCUUCUCAAGUUAUACCAACUUUAGUGAUGACCGAACAAUAGCAAUACUAUGUCUACUUCAGCCGCUACAACUUUUGUAGGACAGCAUUUUAAAGGGACAUGAGGCGGUAGCCUACCUACACACAUCCAAAACCAACUUUUAUUUAUUUUUUAUUUUUUUGACAUCAAAUAUACCAAUAUGGGCAAAAUGACGUCAGUUAUCGUCAUAAAUUUUGGUACCAGUUUAUCGCCCAGCCCUACAGUGGAGUUGGGUUUGACUCAAGGGGAGGUGGGAGAUCCUUUCAAGAGGUUGUUGUGAAAUGAUUAUCAUUUAAUAACUCAUCUGGACCAUAUGUCAAAUUAAAUCUACAUUUUUGAUCUGAACUUUUUGGUCACAGUGCACAUUAAACAAAAAUUCCAAAGUGUUUGCGUCACAAAAAAGGUCCAAAAAUUAGCAAAGAGGUCCGUUGUUAACAGAAUAGCGUGGUCCAUUACUAACAGUAUGAAUGACACUGCACUGGUUGGUGGGUUAUGGCCUGAAUCUUCAAGCAUUGUGUGUUUUUUGUUGCUACAUGAUCUUGAGGUUUCUGGAAAUGAGAAUCAGAUUGAAAUCAGAAAAUGAAGCACAGUAAAAAUGCAGAAAUCAUUCAGGCAUUAGUUUAACUUCAGACACACCCUUUACUCUUGCCUCACUGCAGAGUUUGACACCAGUCAGAUCCCUUGUGGCAGAGCUCUGGUUAGCUGCAGUUGUGACAGAGUUCAUACCAGUCUUAUUUUUGUCUUGGUGAGCUUCAGUUGUUUGUGAAUUUCUGCUCCUAGUUUCACCAUCUUAUUGAUCCAAAGUUCAGACACAUUUAAACUUUUGGAGAAUAUUUGUGAGAGCAUUGACUUGGAAAUAUAUGCAGAAGUUUACUCAAAACAAGGCUAGACUUGAAUGAGUAUAAGAUGAGAUCUGGACCGUAUAGAAUAACAACGGGUAUUGGAGGCUUGGUUUGUGAUCUCUGUACACUGACUCAUAUCCCUCUGUUUAUUAAGUGACAGGGUUGUGAAACUGAUUACAUCAACAAGUCUUGGAAACACUAAACAUUUGUUCCUCUUUCAAAAACAGUUGUCUCAGUCCGCCUGACUCAACUUUACAGACGGCAUGUUGUAAGUCUGUCCACCCAUCCAGUUUACACUUAUACUUACAGUAACUUAGACAAACAUAUUAAGUGUGGUGUAUAUAAGCACACCGCUCCUCCACAAAAAAACAAGAUUUAUGAGUGUAAUGUAUCGUCUGAUAAGUCAGUGUUGUACAUUGUGUGCUGUGAAAUCUCUUGGCCACUCAUGAGCCCCAAAAUAGGCGGCUGGUCCUUACCAUCACGGUGUGAGAAUGUCCCAGCUGUUGACUUGAUAUGGCUAUGAAACAACAGCCAGACACAAAGCCAGGACGGAGCACUGCACCUUAUCUAUUAAGAAGUGUUAACACCAGGACUGUUUGACAAGUUUCAUGUCAGAAUACAACACCACAAAAACGAUCAGAAAAUAAGUUUUUUUGUCUUUGCAGAGUUCCUAUGCAAAUAAAUUUGAUCAAUUUCCAUGUCUUACAAAGUAUGAAAAAUAAAGAAUGGAAAAAAAUAUUAAUGUUUCCAGACUAUUUCCACAGCUCUAAAAUACUGUUUUCAAAAUGAGGGUAUGGAAAAGUAUGGAAAUUCCAACUCCCCUGUCUUUGAUACUCAAAAUAAUUCCAGGAAAGUGUAACUUGACCUGAAGCAAUUAGUUAUUGAUCUUAGUCUACCAUCAAGUGUUAUUCUACACCUGACAUGGUAUCAUAUUGAUGGACUCAGGAGACAUACCUCCUCCUUACACUCUGCUGGAUGUCCCCCAUUCUUUCACGGAAUAAACUGGCUGAGAGACUAGAUCUAAAAGUGAGAAUAUGCCCACUCAAACACAGAGAACUAUUUGUAACCACUAUUUUUUAACAAAAAGCAUCACAUAUUUGAAAUGAGUCCUCGCUCACAGUGUAAAUUCAGUCAUCCACAUUAGGAGAUAUGCUGUUUGAUCCCUGAUUCUCCCAGUCUGUAUGUCUAAAUGUCCACUGGAAUGAUCCUUUAUGGACUCACAAUUGUUCCUGAAGGUAAAGAUGUAAAGGUGAAUUUGGCAUCAAAUCCUAGAGUAGUGCUGUAUGACUGCGGUCAUUUUACCACUCAAUCAAAUAUUUAUUCUAGCAAUUACUACGCAGGUCUUCUUUUAGCAGGAUGCAAGUUAUUCUGCUGAUUAAUUGAAAAGGAAACCAAAAGCAGGGUCAUGAGAAAUGUCUGUGACUGAUCCGUUUACCUUUCAGAGGAAAAAAAAACAUGUUGCAUGAUCUGAGUUGUGAUACAAAUUACCACACAGACUUCCUCCAGGAACAGUCCGUGAAAAAUUGUGCCGUUUCUAAUGUGGUCUGAGAAAUAUCAACAGAUGCAUUUCAGAAAGUGACAUAUCUUUGACUCCAUACAUCGACUGUAAAGAUGUGCUCACUCAGAAACUGGAAAUAUGACCUGUCUCAGUAUUAUCUCAUCUAGUUAGAGAGAGGUUGUGCCCAUGAAGCCAGGAGUCAUACAGCACAUUGUAAGCUUGUAAUGGUGCAGAGGGCUGAGGGGAUGUUAUAAAGUCAGUUUGGACAAGUGGUGGGGGGAUGGGGGUAAUGAAACCUCUCCAUGUAUCCCCCUGGGAAGGUCACUGCACUGCACAAGUCCUGCUCCAUCAGCCUGAUGUCAGACAGCGCUGCACAAUUUAUCUCUUUGCUCCACCACAGCUUUCUUAAAGUGACCUCACCACACUGGAGAGGAGGCUGUGCUUAUUCAGACUGUAGCCUGCCCCCUUUGGGCUUGUUUUAGGUGUACUACGGUAAUGCACUCUGCAGUCACUACUUCAGCCAGUGAAGCGGCUUUUUCAGUCCUGCCCUAGAUGUAGUCAGAGCAGUCUGGGAGGAGGUGUGUGGAGGUGGUGCGUCCACCUGGACCACUCUUUGUCCUGGAGUGCUGGGUCUCCUUGGUGGGAGGGGGAGACUCUCAGCCUCAAGGCUGAGUCUGGAUCAUGGGCUGUUCUGGCAGCAAACCGUGCCUUAGUGCUCCCUGUGCUGCAACGAGGGUAAUUGGCUUCUACAUGCUUCUACUCUGCAGUGAGGAUUGAGAAUAGAUGUGUGUCUUUGUAAACAAGAGAAGGAUGAACUGUGUUUGCUUUGCUAGCUGAUCAGUGAGUUUAUGUUUGGUCUGUGCUGCAAAGAUAUUUGGUCCUAUGCUAAUUCUGCAGGCUGUACGAUUAACUCUGAAGCAUGUCAGAUUCUGUUGGUGAAGCAGUUUGUUAGGAAAGAGCAACAAAGAGGUGCACAGCUUUUUGAUCUAUAGUGCGUCAGUCUGAAGUUUGGAGGAGCCCUGCAGCUGCAGCACAGCCCCUCUGCACUGCAAGACUGAGUCAGAGGGGGAAGUAAAGGAAUUAGUUCGACAGAAGGCAUGUGCUAAGACUGAAAACAUGAGUUGGAUGUCAAGUUUUCCUAAUCCCUUUUCCCUUUACAGAGGAAUGUUUCUUUUUCUUUGUUUGCUUCAGCUGUUUGCUUUAAAUGUACUAAUAUACUUGGCAGUUAAACACAAUAUCCUAGAGGGAAAGACUGUAUUCAUUAGACUGAUUUGUCAGGAUGCUGUAACCCUCCCUGUCUUAGUGAGUGAAUCCCUUCAAAGUCAAAAUACUGCAGUCGCUCAUUUAUGAUCUUGACUGAGAUAAUUGAGGCGAUCCGUUAAAUGAUAGACUCAGUCUGACGUUAGCAUCAUGAACAUGUGCAUGACUGUUUACAUUUUUUCCUCUGCAGCGUGAUGAAGCCACAAAGCACUGCAGGGAGCUCUCCCAGGAGCUGGUCAACCUCAGAGGAGAGCUGGGUAAGUCAAGUCACCUUUAUCCCACACUAGCUGUGUUUAAAGCUAUCAACACUGAAAUUACACACUGCUCGUCCGGGGUUUACUUUGAGAACCUCCUCUUGGUGGUUCAGGCCUGUUAGCUCAGUGUAGACAGCAUGCUCUGAAUAACAGGUUUGUAAAACUGAUGAUGGAAAUACGGUUCUCCUUUUAUUACCUUUUUUCAAGAUGAGUUUUUCUUAAAAGGUGGGAAGUUUUUUUUUUCUUUUGUCUAAUGCAGUUAUUGAUCUACGUUAUUAGUGUUCCAAUUUGUACUGUCGUACGUUCUGCAUUAGCAUACAUUUAUGGGAGGACAGUACAUUACCCAAAUCCCUUUUAGUCGAGCGUUGUGCAGUCCAAACACUUGCUAAUCAGAGUCAUAUUUGAUUUAAUAAUAGCAGAAAGGUUCAGUGCUGGACCUUGAAUUGGUUUGUGUUUAAAGCUGCAUGACAGCGGAAAGCUGAUGUUGCAAUAUCUCUUGUUUUGCCCAAAUAGUAGUUGUACCAGAUAAAUGCAUUUAACUGUGUUUUUAUGUACAUCGCAGAAACACAGAAUACAUUUAAAAGAUUUGUACUUAAAAUCUGAAUAUUUGCAUGUUGUCCUGUCAGGAUAAAAGAAACAAAAUCUGAACAGCAUGUUUUUGUUUCAGCUCUGAUCACAGUUAGCUUUAAGGUUCAUCUGACGACAUCAAUAGACCAUCCAAUUAGCAUUUUAAAAGAGCAUUUAUCGUUUUUAUUUAAAUACAUUUCACUUUAUUGUCAUACAUUUAAACUUUUGCAAUAAUGUUCAUUAAAAUAUGUUCAUAUUGUGAUAGUAAUGACAAUGCAAAAUCAUAAUUAGUUCCGUCAUUGUUGGUCUCAGACUAAACUGGUGUCAAAAUAGUUUGAUAAUAGAAAUAGUCCCACUCGUGGUUCCAGAGGGAGGUCUCAUCCUUGUUUGAUUUAGCCCUCCUAAUGGAAAACCCCCCUGGGUCUGUCUCUGCUGGUAAUUGCUUUUGUCGUUGUAAAAAACAAAUCAGAGACCUAUUUGUCACGCUGCGUGUGUUUUAGUGUUGCUGAGUGGAGAGGUGUCAGCUUAUUCCCCUGGGAGUGGCAGGCUGACCUCCGACCCCAGAGUGGGAGGGGGGUUACUGGGGGAAUGCCACACCACCUGAAGCUCCGUGAAGGCUUGGGGACGGUGACCCAUGUUUCAUGUCCAGUCUAAAUGUUUUCAGACAGAAUAGCCUGACACUCGGAGGCUCACGCAUGCUCAAACACACACACACACACUCCCACACCAGCGCUCUCCUCGCUGCCUCGAGACUUCCACAUGACUGCUCUUACAUGCUGAGCGCUGUGAUAUCUGUGCUUAACACAUUCUUCACUGUAGUGAGCCCUUGAGACCCCUACACUGACCUCAAAUAGACCUGUUGUGUGUAGUGAAGUCAGAGAUGUCUGAAAAUGCACUUUGUGUAGAUCUCAUCCUCACGCUGAGUCUCUGUCUGUCCUCCUACUGCAGUAAAUUUUAGUCUUGAGCCACGGCCAAGAUUGCGAUGCAGCCACACCCAGUGAGUUAAUAUUCUUCACACAUAAAAUUACAUCAAAGAGGGAUCUGCACAUUUCAUCAGACGCUUUAUUAGUGACACACCAAACCUCCUCAUCCUGUUGACCGUGAGCCAAAAUGCUGCUAACUUUAGAUCGAGUGGGCCCUCCUCCCCUCUCUGAGCCAUGAGAUGUUUUUGUUGGGUGGAUUUGGUCUAGAAAGGCUCAUAUGACCAGAUCCCUGUUACACAUGGUUGUGGAGGGCUGGCCUCUGUUUGUUGAGCUGUACAUGCCAAACGCUGAUAGAUAGUCCCCAUGUUAGCUUGGCCUCUGUUCCUGGACCUGCUGCUGUUUUUCCAUCCUUGGUAAGGUGAAUCUCUUUACUCUGCAGGGCUGCCCCUUCAUACCGCUGCUCAGUAUCUGGCUGCAACAAAAACAGUCUCUGCAUUUACAUCAGGGCAGCAACAGGAAAGCAGGAGGACCAACAAGUGUUGAGACCUUUUGACCAAAUUUUCAACAUGCCUGACUGUGAACCAAUCAAAAGUCUUAUAGCAGGAGAAUCUUAACACAAGCAGAUAUUAAACAUAUAAAAGAGCAAAAUCCUGUCAUGGCCUCCUUUCUGUUAUCUAUAGCAGCAAUAUUCUGUGGUCGUAUUUUCUGUAUUUAUCGAAAUCAAACCUUCUCUUUUAUUUCAUCAGGGAAUAAUACUUGUACCUUUUAUUAGGACCUGCUUUUCGUCAGAGCAGUGAAUGAAAAAACAUACUCGCGACAGCAGAGCAACAUCUGGGUUCAGUAUCAUUUUCGCCCACCUCUGAGUUGCGUACAAGUUCAAGUUUCUGUACUUGAGAUGAGCCUUUUAUAAAAAGCACCUGCAUAACAUGACAGCAGACGUUCGUUUUUAACUUCACAUCCCCCGGCAACACCAGCUGCUACAUACGAACAUAGUGUAUGUACAAGCACUUUGACAGGAGACAGGUUAUGGAGUUUUUCACCGUCACCUGCUCCAGAAAUAAAACACUCAGUGGAGGCGGUCGUUAGAAAGUGACACUCAACAGUGAAGUUAGUGAAGGACGGACAGACGAGCCCGACUGAAGACAUUUGUAACUUCCAGUACUGUUUCAAAGAGUGUGCAGACUUGUUACUGUUUCUUCAUCCGUCUGGAGAUACAGGCACUGCGCUCGUUUUUUGCACUCAAAUGCAGAGAGAGCUCUCCUCCUAAGUCAGUUUUUCCACUCACUCUAAGUGAACAUGUAGUGUGGCACAUUUACAGAAAGGAAGAACUUCGUAUAACAAAGGUUUUCAGGGGAUAUACGGUUAAUUAAUCAACAGUCAUCAACUCAAAUUUUCCUCUGUCCUAUUUCUGUUAAUAAAUCAGUUCACACAGCUACAUCCAGUCACUGUCCCAACACUCUUCCAUCAAGACAUAGUAGCAGCUUUCUGUUUUAAUGUGUCUAUUUUCUCCUAGUUUCCUCAGUCCAUUCAUCUGAACGCCUGGAGAAGGAGAAGGAUGAGUUACGUGUUGCUCUGGAGGAUACGCUGCACAAACUGCAGGAGCAGCACCAAAGGGACUUGGAUGAGCUGGAGAAGAAACUCCAGACCUUCUACCAGGCUGAGUGGGACAAGGUCCACCUCACCUACCAGGAGGAGACCGACAAGUGCAAGGCUCUCAUGCAAAAACAGGUUUGAGCUCACAGCGCCUCUUCACAUGCUUUUUCUAUGUUACUUUUUUAAAGGGAUAUCCCAGCGUAAAAUUAAUUUAGGGUCAAACACACCAUAACACCGAGUUAGACACCCCCUCGAGAGAUGAAUGUUGCUGACGUCUUGCUCCUCUAGUUAUACCAACUUUAGUAACAACCGCACAAUAGCAAUACACAGCGAUCUGAGGACCAUAAACAAACCUCAAUCAAAACGCCAUUCUAUAGCAACAAAUAAUGCUCAGAACAGCACCUAACUUCAUCAACAGUACAUACAGGGUCCUAGCCAUAGUACCAGCCACCAAAUAUCUAUUUAGCUUUGCCUAAUUUUCUUAAUCUCUCAAGGGGUUGUCUAACUCGGUGUUAUGGUGUGUUUGACCCUAAAUUAAUUUUAUGCCGGAGUAUCCCUUUAAGGCUGUUCUUUGACGAGACUCAGACAUCAGGAAGAAAAUGAGGUUGUUGUAAUGGAUGAGACAUUUUUGGGAAUGCGUCUUGGAGUGAUUUUGCUUUGGGAGAAACAGCAGGAAGUCUGUAGGACUAUCUUAAGACCAGUGAUGCUUUUGUUGAAAAUUAAGUCUUUCUCUUUCUUUUGAAAGAUGGGAGACCUGAAAGCCGCUCAUGAAGCCAUUCAGCAUGAACUAGAGGACAGACAUGAAGAGCAGCUGCAGUGUGUCAAACAUCAGUAUGAAACGUCACUGGAAGGUGAGUGACAAGCGCUUUACAGAACGAUUUAAACUAAAUUUAACUACAUAAUCCUCCCGUGCUGCUUUUUAUAGUUCAUUCAAAACCGACUCAGGGAGAUAAGAGGUGAUAUUCUACCUAACUUUGUUUAAACCUGUGAAUACCCUCUACCUUAUUAUAAAUGAAUAUUUCUGUCCCCUCCUCAGAGUUCAGAAAGGUCCACAAUCAGGACCUGCAGUCGCUGGACAAAACUUUGAAAGACGCAGAAGCUGCUUUUACUGUAAGUCUGCCAGAACAUUUUAAAUCAGAGAGCGCCUCAGCAUGUGGAUAACUCAUGAAUGGAUGAACUAAUGUGACAAAACCUUACCCUGGAGCUUUGUUGUGUUGUGUUCAACUACAGGAAAGGCUAGAGGUGCUGACCACGGAGAACAAUGCACUCAUAGAGAAACUAACGGCAGAGGAGAACAGGAGGAGAGAGCUGGCCGAAAAGUGUCAGGUACUCUUAUCUGUGUGCUUAUUUUAGCAGAGCCUCUCUUUGGAAGCAUCUCAUGACACCAGGGUGGCUCAGCUCUAAGCCUUUGACAAGGUGACGCUUGAAAGAAAAAUAAAUCGGCAUAAAAAAAAUAAAAAAAACUUUUCUUAAAAAAAGAGGUUCUGUAAGUGAAGACUUUGAUUUUUCUGCUUGUAGUUAAACAAUGAAGCGGCUCUUAUCAGUGUUGAGUUACUGCUAAAUAUAGUCAGAAAUCUGCUUUGGCUUAGCUAUUCGUGAUUAAGGUAACUACCUCACUAUGAACAGCAACCGAACAUCUGCCAUGCCCAGUCAGAGAAUCAACAAAAUGAUCGAUUGUUACAACCCUGAGUCCAGAAAGUAGAACCCUGUGUGAAAAAUGUAUUUAUCGGAUUUGUUUACAAAGACAACAUUUCCUAGCUCUGUGCCCUAUGCUGUGAUUUCCACUCCAGAGUCAUGCAUGUUUUUAAUGCAGUGCUGCGAGAGGGUCCAAAGAGCUUGACCUCCCAGGAUUAUUUUUGGUUCUUGUCCCUCUUUCAUUGAGAUUUCUCCAGAUUCUCUGAACUGUUUAAUGACAUUAUGUUCUGUAUGAAGGAAUCAACUAAUUUGUUGAUGUUUCGUACUUGGAAACAUCGUUCUGAAUUUGAUGUCCGACUCAGUCUCUCACUUAGUGGGGAAACCUUUCUGCAAACUGACCUUCAUAAGUUCAGAGAUGUUCUUCCAGGUGUUUUUCACAGCAUCUUCAUAUUUUUGAGAUUUGGGUUGUGGAUAAUUUUAAAUGAUAACAAUUAAACAAGCUUUAGCAAAAGCUCAGAAGAGGUAAAAGACCGUCAUCGGCGUGUUGUUUUGAUCUCUGUACAGAGGACAGCUGAGCAGUCAGAGUUUGAUAGUACCCGAUGUUGUACUGCAUGGCGCCCUCUUGUGUUUGUAGGCUUUGUGGCUCCUCGACAGCUGUAAUCAUUUUAAAGUCUGAAACGCUCUGAACAUCUUGACACGUUUUAUUGUCCCUGCAGAAAGACUCCCACACCCUGUAUCUGGAGCAGGAGCUAGAGAGCCUCAAAGUGGUGCUGGACAUCAAAACCGAUCAGCUCCACCAGCAGGAAAAGAAGCUGAUGGAAGUUGACAAACUGGUGGGACCCAUGUCCAUCAAGAAAAAAAUAACUUUGACUGUUUAAAGAAAAACACUCACUUGUUCUUUUUUUUUUUUUCUUUCCAGAAAGAGAAAAAUGUGAAGUUGGACGAGAGCCUGAAGAGGGUCCAGCAGGAGAAUGAGGAGCUGAAAGCCCGCAUGGACAGACACGCUGCACUGUCGAGGUAAGAGCUUCACAUAUGAGCUCAUCCAGUAGGUGGUAAUGGAAACAGAACUAUAAACCAUCAAGCUAGCUGCCUGUUUUUGGACUUGAGGCCUCACUGAGGCCUGAACAACUGCAUUCAAUUCAGCAGUUCAUCUUUGUACCAUGAAACCUCAGUACUUUUUCCAAAUACCAUCAAUAAGACAUGCCAAACACUUGCACAGUGGGACACUUUCAAUCCUUCAAUCCAGUUGACAAAACACAGCGCCCAGCUGUUACCAAGGACUUUCCUUUCAAAUUAAACUCUGCCCAUUGGUUAGUUGAGACUGAGGAGCAAAAAUGAUAGUCUUCAAAAUUCUCUGUUAGGUUCUCAAACCCUCAAGUAAAUUUCUUAGGACUAUUUCUAAAGCUCUCUGACUCUGGUUACAUAAAAAUAACUAGUAUAACUGUGCUGUAUUAAUGUUGUGGGGCUUGAGUCGACGGGCUAAAUAUUUCUGUGUUUGUAAAGGUCUUCUCUCCGGCACAUUUAUUUUCUUGUUUUGUGUUUCUGUGUUACAGACAGCUGUCGUCAGAGCAGGCAGUGCUGCAGGAAUCCCUGCAGAAAGAGUCCAAAGUUAACAAACGUUUGUCGAUGGAGAACGAGGAGCUGCUGUGGAAACUUCAUAACGGAGACCUGAACAGCCCUCGCAAAGUGUCCCCUAACGCCGCCUCCCCCUCCCACUCAUUCAGCCUCCAGUCCCCCCGCAGCUCUGGCCUGUUCUCCAGCCCGCCUGUCUCUCCCAGAUAA